AUGACAACAGCUAUUUGUUCUUAUGAAAAUAUUCGUCAAAUAACAUCAUGUACAGUAUGUAAUCGAACAUUUAAAGAUCCUCGAAUCUUACCAUGUGGACAUACAUUUUGUAUUGAUUGUAUACGAAAUACGAUGCUCGAUACAACUAUCAUGGCUUGUUCUAUUUGUUUAGCUAAGCAUACUAUUGUUAAUGUUGAUUUAUUAUCACAAAAUGUAGCUUUAAUGCAAUUAUUACAUAUUCGAAAAAUUGAUAUUGUUCAAAAUAAACAAUGUGCAAUAUGUAAUGUUCAACCAUCAAUAACAUCAUGUGCACAUUGUUCUCGACAAGCAUGUGUUUCUUGUUUGGAAAUUCAUCGACAAGAAGUUAUUAGUGAUAUUACACGAGAAACAAUGGAAAUUGAACGAAUGAGUGAUGAAUUAAAAUUAGCACUUAAUCAAACAUCGAAUGAUUUUCGAGAUCAAUGUGAUGAAACAUUUCAACAAGCUAAUAAACGUUUUGAUGAAAUGCAAAAGAAUUUAAAAUUAUUAAAUGAACGUUUAUGUCAAAAAAUUCAAGAAUUUCAUGAUCGUCGUCAAGCUGAUCUUGCUCGUUGUGUUGCUCGUCUUCAUACUGAAAUACAAUCUAUUGAUAAAUUUGUCGGAGAUUCAAAACAUUUACUUGUUGAUGUUAAUGUUCAAACUGAAGUGUUAUUACGUCUUAAACAACAGUUUCAAGAACCACGAAAACGAUUACCUAUUCUUUCUCGAGAUUUAAUUGAAUCAACACCAACUAUUCAAUUUGUUUCAUCUUCAUUUCAAAUGCUUAAUGAAGAAUUAGCUGGUACACUUGUUCUUGAUAAACCUAUUCAUGGUACUAUUAGUCCAAGUGGAACAUCAGCUAGUGGUGAUCAUGAUAGUCGUUUAGCUGCAUUGGCAUCAGGUUCUCGAACAGGUAAAAUGGAAAUAAUUGGACAAGAAGGUUGUGGAAAAUUAGAAUUUAAAUCACCAGCUGGUAUGACAAUAAAUGGCGAUGGACAUUUAGUUAUUGCUGAAAUUGAUAAUAAUCGUUUACAAAUUUUAACAAGAGAAUUUACACAUAUUCGAACAAUAAUUGGUUUUCGUGAACCACGUGAUGUUUCAUUUACAAAAGAUAAACGUUAUUUAAUUACUGAUAAUCAUAAAUUAAUUAUCUUAGAUGAAGAAUUUCAUAAAGUUGAAGUUAUUGGUUCAAAUAAAUCUGGCAAAGGACGAAGUAAUUUUCAAUUUAGAAAAAAAUCAGAGAAGAAUUCUUAA